AUGCUUCGCCUCCGGAUCGGAACCAUCAACUGCCGAACUCUAAGAACGGAAGCAAGACUAGCUGAACUCGAAGAUGCUGUUACAGAGGUACCAUUUGACAUUAUUGGUCUUUCUGGAACUCAGCGAAGAGAGAGCAUAUCCUUGAACUUCUUACAAUCUGGUCACAUGGUUUGGCAAAAAAGAGACAAUCUACUUUCAUUCUACGGAUUCUUAAUCAACGAGAAGUGGACAAAAUUUUGCUCCUUUCAUGUUAUUUCGGAAAGAGUUUGCUAUGUUGAUGUCAACACAAAUGUCAGAAAUCUUCGAGUCGUUCAAGGGUAUGCACCAACUACUGCUUAUUCGGAUAUUGAAUAUCAAGAAUUCCUCGAGCAGAUCUCUCAAGCCCUUGGUGCACGCUUCCACUGCUUAAGCUGUACUGCUCUACGUAAAAAGCGACAACUAAGCAAAAUUGUGGUGGGCGAUUUUAAUGCCAAAAUUGGAAGUGGAGAGAGAAAUGAGAAGUUCAUCGGACGACAUGGCCUAGGUGUUCGGAAUGAAAGAGGGAAUAUGCUCGUUAACUUUUGUUCUGAAAACGAACUUUAUGUGAUGAACAACCAUUUCAAAAAGAGAAAAUCCAGAAAAUGGACGUGGAUUUCACCCAACAUGCAGACGAAGAAUGCUAUUGAUUUUGUGCUAUCAUCCGACCAAUCCAUAUUCUCAGAUGUUGAUAUCAUCGGUCGAUUCAAAUUCGUUAGUGAUCAUCGACUUGUUAUGGCUAAGAUUCGUCUAGAAAGCAAAUAUCAUCGAUAUCCCAGGAAAGCCAAAACCACUGCAAACUUCAAUAAAGUUUUUGACAAUUACGAAGACUUGAAAAGUGAAAUAAAAGUGGCCGCUGAUACUGCCACAACAGAGGUCCCAAGAAGGUUCCACCUCUCCGAGGCUACGAGGAAACUGUUUGAGAGACGACAUCUCCUUUUGCAGCAGCUCUCAGCAAGAAAUACAAUCGAGUUCUCCAUGAUCAAUAAGUUAUUACGUCUUUCACUUAAAUCUGAUCUCGAACAGAAGCAUCUUUUGCGUCUACAAGAGGCUGUUUCAAAGGGAUCCAGUCUUCGUCGAGUAUUGCAGGAAAACAGAAUUUGCAAAACGGCGUUAACAAGACUCAAAAGGAAUGACGGCUCCAUUGCAGAAACGCCUGCUGCUGUCGCAUCUGUUGUUCAAGAAUUCUACACUGAACUGUUUUCUUCAACAACGAGAGUCAUCAACACUCUCCCACAUAUGCAGAAUUCUGAAGAAGUGCCACCAAUUUUGCCCGAAGAAAUCGAACAUACUAUAAAAAUGAUGAAGUUGGGAAAGAAACCAGGACCCGACCACAUGACCGUUGAAAUGUUGAUGGCCGCAUAUCAUAUACUGGAGAAGCCAUUGACAAAACUAUUCAAUGACUUUCUCAGAAAUGAAGAACUGCCUACAAGUCUAUCCGAAUCAUCAAUGUCGCUUCUAUUCAAGAAAGGAGAUCCUCUGGAUAUUCGUAAUUUUCGCCCUAUCGCUUUACUUCCGACGAUCUACAAACUCUUUAUUUCGAUCAUUGGACAGCGGAUGAUAUCUUCCUUGGAAAUAAAUCAGCCUAUAUGUGGCCACGUGAAGCCAAUCAAAAUGAGACGAGGCGUCCGUCAAGGAGACCCUAUCUCACCCGCACUUUUCGCUGCUGCACUGGAAACUGUUUUUCGAAAUAUCGAUUGGUACGAGGAAGGGAUCAACAUAAAUGGAUACUAUCUGAACCAUCUCAGAUAUGCAGACGAUGUUGUGAUUAUCGCACACGAAAGCCAGAAACUUCAGCGUAUGUUACAAGAAGUUUACGAGAAAAGCCAAGCCGUGGGGCUCAAAAUCAACUUCACAAAAACUACUAUUAUGACCAAUUCUGUGAUUCAACCCAUUACCAUCGAUGGACACGAUGUUCAAUAUUGUACCAAUUUUAUUUACCUUGGACAGAGAGUUUCCUUCGAUGCGAACAACACAGUAGAAAUACAAAGAAGGAUCCAAGCAGGAUGGAAUGCAUUCAAUCGCCUCAGCUCCUUCCUCACUAACAGAAGGGUCCCAAUGAGGUUUAAACGUCGCGUUUACGAAUCUUGUGUGGAACCAGCGAUACUUUAUGGCUGUGAGACUUGGACGUUGAAGAAGAAAGAUGUAAAGAUGUUGAAAGUGGCGCAACGAAGAAUGAUGCGUAAGAUGAUAGAUAUAGCAGCGCGAGCAGUCAGAAGAAAAUGGAUGUGGGCGAGAAAAAUGUUAGUGAAAGAAGAUAAUAGAUGGACGAAGAUAAUCACCGAAUGGCGACCAUGGAAAUGGAAACGAUCAAAUGGCCGGCCGAGAUUGAGAUGGCGAGACCCCUUCGUGUCAUUCCUUGGAGAAACUUGGAGAAGAGCAGCUACAGACGACCCUAUUUUAUGGAGAAGAAGCAUGCAACGACACAUUGAAACAAUGUGA